CGGCUCCUAGGACGCACUCGGGGCGGCGUAGGGGCCGAGGACAGCCGACUUACCUGGCUGCGCUCCCAAUGCCACAGCUCUUGUGGGAGUUUCUGCAAGACCAUAAACUGAAUCCUUGGAAUCGUGGUAUUGGCUGUGUGUAGUGCCUAUCGGUGAACUGUACUGAUACUCCACUAGAGUCUGAAGGGGACUGAAUUCUUGCUGGUGACACGCUUUGCAAGCCAUAGUACCAUACCUGAACAACAUGACGGCCCUCCCCCCAGAGCCUCAAACUCUGGCCUCAGAUGAAGACAUCAAGGUCAUAAUAAUGGAUACACUUGGGGAUGAAGAAGCGACCCCGAGAGGAAACGAUGUUGACCCAGAGUCUUUCAGACAGAGGUUCAGGUGGUUUUGUUACUCAGAUGAGGCUGGACCCAGAAAAGCCCUGAAUCAACUCUGGGAGCUCUGCGUUCAGUGGCUGAGACCAGACAUCCACACGAAAGAACAGAUUUUAGAGCUUUUGGUGUUUGAGCAAUUCCUGACCAUUUUGCCUGGGGAGAUCAGGAUUUGGGUCAAGUCACAACAUCCUGAGAAUAGUGAGGAAGUGGUAACCUUGAUAGAGGAUUUGACCCAAACGCUUGAAGAAAAAGAAGAUCCAGUUUCUCAAGAUUCUGUUAUUUCUCAAGAGGAGAGCCCUGAAGAAGAUAGAACAGUUUCUGUCCUUCCGAAUACUGAGUCUGGGGAAUCCAUGACGCUCGAGGAUAUAGCUGUGAACUUUUCCAGAGGAGAGUGGAGGAAGCUGGAACCUUUUCAAAGGCAGCUAUAUAGGGAAGUGCUGCUGGAGAACUUUAGGAACCUGGAAUUUGUGGGCUUUCCAGUUUCCAAACUAGAUUUGGUUUCCCAGCUCAAGUGGGUUGACCUGCCCCAACUACUGGAAAAAGAGGUCUCAAAAGGCUCCAGACCAGAGUGUGAACCUAGAGGUGAUCUGAAGAAAUCUGUUCAAAAUCAAGAUGCUCUUGUGGACGAAUCGACUUUAGAUAAAAUAAUAGAGAGGUACCUCAUAGGUGGCGAUGACGGCUUGACGGGAGAAUCUUCGAAACGUGGUAGGCUAGAGGGGGACCGCAGCAGUAGGGAACGUUCGCAAGUAGCAGGCACACUAAAGAAAACUCACAAGAGAAGCUCUAAGGGUGAGGAAACUGACCCAGACAAGGGAAGUAGUUUCAAGAACACUUCGGACAUAAUUAAACACGUGAGAGCCUACUUAAAGAAGAAGUCCCGGAAGUAUAACGAAAGCAAGAAACGCUUCAGUUUUCAUUCAGACCUGAUGACGAACCGCAAAGAGCACAUGGGAGAAAAGCCACGGAAACGUAGGGAACGCAGGAAAGUUCUAAGUCACUCUUCAUCACGUCCUGAACAUCAGAAACAUCAGAAAAUUUACAUGGGGACCAAGCCCCAGAAGUGCACUAACUGCGGGAUAGACUUCACUCAAAGCUUAUCCCUUGUUAAGAGAAGAAAAACCCCUAUAUGUGAGAAAUGUUGGAAAUAUGAAUGUCGGGAAAAUGAAAGUCAGGAUGAAACCUCAAAGAAAGAUGAGGGAGCAGAGACUGCAGAAAAAACCCAUAAAUGCAGCAAAUGUGGGAAAGCCUUCGGCUAUAGUGCCUCCCUGAGCAAACAUCAGAGGACGCACACUGGGGAAAAGCCCUAUCUGUGCGACGAAUGUGGAAAGUCCUUUAGUGACAGUUCAUCCCUGACGCCACAUCACAGGACCCACAGCGGUGAGAAGCCCUUCAAAUGCGAUGACUGCGGGAAAACUUUCACCCUCGCUGCCCACCUCAUUAAACAUCAGAGAACUCAUACUGGAGAAAAGCCCUACAAGUGCAAAGAAUGUGGGAGACCCUUCAGUGACAGUUCAUCUCUAAUUCAACAUCAGCGAAUUCAUACUGGAGAGAAACCCUACACGUGCAACAAUUGUGGGAAAUCCUUCAGUCAUAGCUCAUCGCUGUCCAAGCACCAGAGGAUCCAUACUGGAGAGAAGCCCUACAAAUGUGGCGAAUGUGGAAAAGCCUUCCGACAGAACUCCUGCCUCACCCGGCAUCAGAGAAUUCACACUGGAGAAAAACCGUACUUAUGUAAUGAUUGUGGAAUGACUUUUAGCCAUUUUACCUCUGUCAUUUACCAUCAGAGACUCCAUUCAGGAGAGAAACCCUACAAAUGCAGUCAGUGCGAGAAAGCCUUCCCUACCCAUUCGCUCCUCAGCCGUCAUCAGAGAAUUCACACUGGAGUAAAACCGUAUAAAUGUAAAGAAUGUGGAAAAUCCUUCAGUCAGAGCUCCUCUCUGAAUGAGCAUCAUCGGAUCCAUACCGGAGAGAAACCCUACGAAUGUGACUAUUGCGGAGCAACCUUCAGUCGCAGCUCGAUCCUCGUAGAGCACCUAAAAAUUCACACUGGAAGAAAAGAAUAUGAAUGUAAAGAAUGUGAAAAGACAUUUAAAAGUAAUUCGGGCCUCCUCAGACAUCGGGGAUUUCACUCUGGAGAUUAAUUCUCAGGCUACAGUAAGGUGGGGGGAAAUGUAAUCAAAACUGUCCCUUAUUAGAGACCCAUAUUGAUUAGUAGCUGCGACUUCGAUGGGUUGUCAGCUAGGAAGAACAGACUUUUCCCCAUUCACCUUUCUCUGCAAGGACGGUAACUUUUGGGAGAUGGUAAUUAGGGCUGGUAAAGUCAUGUGGAAAGUGAAAAUAGUAUGAGAUGUAAAGUGACUGUAAAAGGCCAAAUAUGAAUGUAAAAGACUGGGAGGUGUGCCCAAGACCCACCCUGUUAGCCUCUUCGGAAGAUUUCCCACUCAUCUGGCAUCCCCUUGCACUGCCAUACGGUGUAGUAGAGAACUUGAUUGUGGUCAUACAUCACCUGCAUUCUGUCCCAGUUUGCCAGCCAGGCCGCUCUGUAACCUUGGGCAAGUUUGACCUUCCUGAAUUUCAGUUUCUGAACUGGCAGAACAAAAG